AUGACGUCUCGGAGGGCACAUAAAAUACUAGAAUUAGUAUCAUCGAGUUCUUCGUUAUCUUUGCAAAGUCAUGAAGUUAAACCAAUAGCUGAAACUCAUAACGCUACUGUAGAAGACCUAAACAAUAUACCAAGUGAGAACAUAGAAAAUCUCCCACCAAAUAAAAACCUUACCGAUCUACGAUCUACUGAUGGACAGGUACAAUUUGACGAUCAUAAAAAGUUGAAAAUAUCGUUAGUUAGCAGCUGCGAUGAAAUAUUAUCAGAAAAUGCAGACGAUCAUCUGCAUUUUAGCCAAAAAAUUGAUUCCCGGUUGAUUAGUUCUAGAAACAUAGAAAAUAAAUCUUGUGACACUAAUGAAAAGAGAUUGCCAACAAGCCUUGUGCCAGACUAUGACAGCGAUGAUUACAAUAACUUGGAAUGCGUUGGAGUUCAACAAGACAUAACAAAAAAAAAAACACAACCGCAAUCAUCCUCGAGUUCAACUAGUACAAGUUCAUCAUCAUCUAGUUCUUCUUCUUCUGGAACUUCCUCAGAUUCAGAUGAUUCUUCAUCUUCGAAAACAAAAGAAGAACCUGAAAACCGCAACACAGUAGCAGUUAUGGCCAGUGAAUAUUGCGACUCAGACAACAUUCAGUUGAGACCUCAGAGAUGUCCCUGUUCUAAUAAAUCUAUUAAUAUUUCAUCAGUUUAUACUGAUACGAACGUUACAGAGCUAAAACAACAGCAAGAAAGUCUUCUCGCGACUAUUGUUUAUUACGUGCUUACCAUUGACCAGAAAAGUAAGCAUAUUUUUCCUGUUAAAGAAACUACAAGCAACAUUAUUCACUAUGCAGGUGAUAGUGAGUUAUACGACAUAUUACACGAGGCACAUAUACGAAUUGGUCACGGUGGACGGGAUCGUAUGAUGAAAGAGGUAUGGGCUCACUACAAAAGCAUAACACAAGUUACCAAGAGUGAAGAGGAUCCAAAAGUCUCUGCAAGUGAGCUCUCUAAGGAGAACACGGAGCCAAGCCAAGUUUUUAACGACGAUUCAGAUCAAAGCGAAACAAAACCACAAACUCCACCUUACGUGCUUCAAAAUCAAUGUAGCGUCUGUUCACAAGAAACUAAAGGAGCUCAUAUAGGCAGAGAAUGCGGAUGUGCAAUCCACUCAAUUUGGGCUGCUGCUGAAGAAUCACCCGAUGAAGGAUUUGGUUCUGAAGUUCUGUGCCCAUUGUGUUCAAAGAAUUUAAAAACACUAGAAAAUCGUCAAAGUGUUAAGAUAAACUUACAACAGGCCGAAAAAAUGAUGAAAUCGAGUGAAAAGAAGUUUCCUCCAAUACCUGUUAGCACUUCUGUACGAAUUGUAGUACCGGAGGUUGAUAGAGAAUGUGGUGAUUCCCGAAAUAUUAUAGGCGUAGUCUUGGCUAAAACUGAUGAUGAGCUCUAUCAAAUUGGUACAAAGAACAGAAUCAUAAAACAAUUGUAUUCAAGAUCUCAGAUUAAUGUUUGCCCAAGAGUUCUUCUUGAUGUUAAGAAUGUACCAAGUAAGAAAACUGCACUACGUUCAGUUUCAAAUCUACAAUCUAUUGGAAUUGGCCAAGGGUUUAAAAAGUGCCUUUGCAAGAAGAACUGUAGUACAGCAAGAUGUAUAUACUAUAAAAAUAAACUAUUGUGUACUUCCAAGUGCCAUUCCAGCUUGCCCUGCAAAAAUAAAUAG